UGGAGAUAUUUUCAAUUUUAAUCAUUAUCUCACAAAAAAUAAUUAAGCUAAUUUGUGAUUUAAUUUAAAGUUCCACGUUUUCAUCUUAUUCAUUCAAUUAAUAUUUAAAAUUAAACUAAAAUGACUGCAGUAACGUCACGUAUUUUUCUGAGCCUAUUUAUUGAUUUAUAAUUAUUAAUAAUGAUUUAAAUGAACAUUAUUGUGUAGCCGCUGAGCUGCAGUGCUGCCUCCGGCCGGCAGGCGGCGCCCCGCCCCCCCGCCCGGCAGGAAGUGACGCUGCAGUCAUGGCGGCUGCGGAGACGACACAAACUGAUCCUCUCUGAACUUUUCCUUUUUUCUGUUUCUGUUCGAGUUUUUAUUUUGAUCAAGUUUAUACAAAUGUUGAGUCGCGUGCAGCGGCUCGUGUCCGCCAUGUUGGCCCAGUUUGUGUCCGCGGCGGAACCGGAAAUCACCCGGAGACUCUCAGAGACACACGAAGAAGAAGAAGAGGCCGAGGCGGAGCUGCUGGCGGCGGUGGCGCGGAUCGGCGAGGCGCUGCUGCAGGAGCUGAGGACGCAGCUGGAGACCGUUGGACACGUGACUGAAGGACCUGCGUCCGGGCCUCAGCGGGACUCAGCCCCCCCCGCUGCUGGAGCAGACACUCAGGUGGAGGCGAGCCAAUCGGACGCUCCGCCCAGUGGCGGCGACCAAUCAGAGCAGAGUCCUCCGGAGGGCGAAGGGCGGAGCUUCAGCUGCAGCAUCUGCAGCCGGCGCUUCUCCAGACGCACCAACCUGAGCGCUCACCUGCGGGUCCACAGCGGCGAGCGUCCCUUCAGCUGCUCCACCUGUGGGAAGGCGUUCUCCACCCUCAGCAGCGUCAGAGUGCACCGGCUCACCGUGCACGGCAAGCAGCGGCCGCACGCCUGCGCUCACUGCGGGAAGCUGUUCGCCACCCGCGGUCUCAGGGCGCACCAGACACCGCUCACGUGUGCGGCCUGUGGCGAGACGCUGGCGGCGAGGUGCCAUCUCCGAGCGCACAGACUCACCUGUCAGAGGACGGACAACAGGUUCAGGUGCGGCGAGUGCGGGAAGGAGUUCUCCAAGCACAGCUACCUGUCGGCUCACCUGAGAGUCCACCUGAAGGACAGACCCUUCACGUGUCCAACGUGUCAGAAAGGCUUCACCACACGCCGCAGCGUCCACGUCCACCAGCUGACCGUCCACCGAGGACUUAGGCCGUUCACCUGCAGUGUCUGCAGGAAGUCCUUCAGCCAGCGCGGCGGCCUCACGGCUCACCUGAGGACACACACGGGUGAGCGGCCGCACGCCUGCGAGCAGUGCGGGACCCGUUUCUCCAGCAGGAGCGGCCUGUCUGUGCACCGCCGCGUCCACACGGGGGAGAAGGCAUUCAGCUGCGACACCUGCGGGAAGAGCUUCAGCGUGCUGGCCAACCUGCGGCGCCACCGGCUCGUCCACUCGGGUCGCCGCGCCUUCAGCUGCGAUGUGUGUGGCCGCAACUUCACGCAGGCGGCACACCUUAAGGCGCACGCUACCAUGCACAGCGGCGAGUGGGCGUUCAUCUGCAAUGCCUGUGGGAAGGGCUUCAGGCAGCGUGGUGCGCUGCUGGUCCACGAGCGCAGCCACGCCGGCGUCAAACCGUACAGCUGCGGCGAGUGCGGAAAACAUUUCUCCUCAUCCACGUCGCUGAAACGCCACCGGCUGGCUCACGGCGGGGAGAAAGAUCACACCUGUGACGAGUGUGGGAAGAGCUUCAGCAGCACCCGCGUCCUGAAGACUCACCUGCAGCUGCACGCCACCAACAAAGCGUUCUGCUGCGAUGUGUGCGGCCGCGGCUACAGCUCACUUGCCUACCUGAAGACGCACCGGCGUGGCCACUCGGAGGGGAAACCGUUCGGCUGCGCUCAGUGUCAGAGAACCUUCGCCACGCAGGCGAGUGCCAAGUUGCACGAGCGCACGCACAGCGGAGAGAAGCCGUAUGUCUGCGAGGUCUGCGGGAAGAGCUUCAGCGUGUCGCAGAACCUUGUCAGACACAAGCGCGUCCACAGCGGAGAGAAACCGUUCGAAUGCGGCGUCUGCGGGAAGAAGUUCAGUCAGAACAACAACCUGAAGAGUCACCAGCUGGUUCACACGGGGGAGAAACCGUUCAGCUGCACCGCUUGCCACCGCCGAUUCGCCUCCUCCAGGAGCCUCCGAGAGCACAGGUGUGUCUCUGCAUGCUGAGCGCCUCCGCAGACAGGAAGUCCAGCGUCUCCACAGACAGGAAGUCCAACGUCUCCGCAGACAGGAAGUCCAACGUCUCCGCAGAAAGGAAGUCCAGCGUCUCCGCAGACAUGAAGUCCAGCGUCUCCGCAGAGCGCCGGGAACCAACAAACAAGUUAAUAUUUGAACAUUUUAUAAGUUUCAUCUGAAAUAAACUUUAAAUGAUCUGAACAUUUAUUCUGCAGGAAAUCUGAAAUGUUUGGAUGAAAUAUGUGAAAAUAUUGAGAAUCCAAUAAAGAAGUUUUUAU